AUGUUGACGCGACCGUUGGCGGAAACAGCUCUCGGGUUCGUUGGUUUAGCGCCUGCAGCUUCCGAGGCGAGUUCCUCACAAAGUGCGGGAUUCUAUCCCGGAGCUUCGCCAGGCACCAACAGCAACCGAGCCAGCCGUCAAGCGGAAUUACAGCCGCAACGGCGCAGUGUUCGGCCUGACCGGCGGGGCGGGGCGGGGCGCCGCUCUCAUUUGCAUGCUAAAAGGCAGAGACUGAGGACCGCAGCACUAGUGGUGAGGACCGUGAAGGUAUGGUCAAAGGAGGUGAAGGAGCGUUUACAGGACUGCUUUGAAUCGGUGGACUGGACCAUAUUCAGUGAUUCAUCGUCAGAUCUGAAUGAAUAUACCACAGCCUUCACUGACUUCAUCAAGACCUGCGUGGAUGAGUGUUUGCCGUCGAGAACAUUCAAAGUUUUCCCAAGCCUUAAGCCCUGGAUGAACCAGGAGAUUCACAGUCUGCUGAGGGCUAGAUCUGUGGCAUUUAAAACCGGUGAUCCAGAACCCUACAAGAAGUCCAGGUACAACCUGCGGAAGGCCAUCAUGAGAGUGAAAAGGCAAAUUUGUGUGAAAUUAGAGACACAGUUGGACACACGAUAGCUGUAGCAGGGUUUGCAUGCUAUUACUUCCUAUAAAGUGAAACCUAAAAGCAUAAAUGGCAGUGAUGCUUCACUCCCUGAUGAGCUCAAUGCCUUUUAUCCAAUGCUUUGAA